AUGCAGUCCGAGCUUCGGGCUGAUUUUCCGAACAAACGAAUCGUCGUUGCAGAUGCCAGCCCGGAUACGGAAAUCUCUCGAAGGCUUCGCUAUGCGAGUGUUGGCCCGGCUCCUUUCGACUUUUUCCAGGGCAAGCCCAUUGAGGAAGUCAGCGAGUGCCAGGUGUUGAUUUUCCAAGCCUUGGGCGUGGAAGGUGAGCACACCUGUUUGGCCAAUCUUCUCCAGAAGCAUCGUCCAAGGUUUCUGCUGGUGAUGAAGGAGGAGAAGGCAGAUCUCUCUGACUCGCAUGUGCUGGAGAAGUGGCAUGUCAACAGUAUCAUGCUGCCUGAUCAACCGUCCCUUUGGCUACCGGUCAUCACUGCCCCUCAAUGCUUCCUCUACUGUCAAGAUUCCCUGCUGUUGGGCAGCUGCUGUUCGAAUGCAGCGAAGAAGUUCGACGAGUGGAGUAGAGCUUUCGGCGAUCGUCGCGAUCUGCUCCCCUACCUCUUGACACCUGGCGCCUUCAGUAAUGCUUGGAUUGGGCCCAAGACAGCGCAUGGUGUCAAGCGAAAGUCAGAGGAUCAGGAGGCUGCUAUCGCCGCCAAGAGACAGCAGUACUGGGAUGAGGCAAAGUCUCGACAGUUGCUGCACGAUUCGUAUUCACCAGAUACACCAAUCAAGGGCAGGAUCGAGCACUUGGGAGAUAGGGCGGUGGUGAUCGCCCAUGUGCUGGCCUCGAGGAUGAGCAACGCAUUGGAAACUACAGGGAGGGUCAUGAUGAUUGGCUCGUCUAGCUGGCCAAAGAGUGGCAGCCAGUACAACAUGGUUCCGAAGAAGUUUGGCCCUGGAGUCAUCGUUGCUUCAUGGCCUCAGACAGCAUCGUCCCCCAAUGUCCGCGAGCUCUUGCCGGCCGAGAUUCUGGCAAUGAAGGGGUGGUCGCCUUGCAUCAACAUGUCGACUUUGCUGCCUGCGAGCUCCUUUCAUGUCUGUCGGAAGCUGCCCUUUCAGCCUGUCAUUAAGACCUGGCUGGCUGCCACGUUGCAGGUUUAA